GCACACACAGAAACAGCACAACCGAGUAGAUCGAAGCGGAAGCACAAUUAAAGCUAGAGCACAAGGUGUGAGGCAAACCAAAUAAGGAUGAUGCAAGGGAGACAGAGAUUUGUUUCACCGAAGUUUGGAUUCACCACGUUCACCACGUGUGAAUCCUACUCUCCGUUGAGAAAGCUUAUGACGACCACAAAGUCAAACUAUCUCCUCCUUUUUACUAUAUGACCAUGUGCCCUCGUGGCACACGAUCGCUGUUGCAACAAACUUGUCGCUGCUCACCACAAGCUUGGGAACUAGCCGGCGACGCCUAGCCGUCUAGGAGGCUUCACCUCCAAGAGUAACAAAUGCUUCAACGAGUUGGCCGACGCAACUACAAGUGCUCAAGCUAGGGCUUAUGCUCUCACUGCUCAAAUGAUCUCUUUUGCAAAGGUUUCACUCAACCCAACUCAAGGAUCUAAUUUUGAUUCACUCAAAUCUCACAAAGAGAGGUUGGGGAGGACUUUUCAAGUGCUCUCACGGCUCAGAAAUGGCUCUGGAAUGUAAUGGCACAGCACCCACGAAUGGGUGAGGGUGUGGGGUAUAAAUACCCCUCUCUCAAAAACUAGCCGUUGCUCUUGUCAGAGUUAGACCGGUCAGACCGGUCGGUUCAAAUAAACUAGCCGUUGGACUCCGACCGGUCAGACCGGUCAUAGUAGAUUUUCUGCUCCCAAGUGUUUCUCUUUGAUUUUUCUCACAUGGGAUAGCUAUGAGCACUUUAUGGUAAUAUCAACCCACUGAUAUUGCAUCCCCUUGAUAGUACGGCAUCCUAUACUCAAGUUCACAUAAAAGAACACACACAACAACACUUGAGUUUUCAUGUCUUGAUCAAGCCGAUCUUCUUCAAUCAAUAUCUUGAGGUUGUCAACAUCCUUAAAUUCAGUGAGCAUGGCUGCUUGAGCUAGUGACUUUGAAUCUUCCUUCAUAUAAAAAUAAAAUUCACCCUUGAUUCACAAGUCACUUCUAUUUUCCAAAUAAUGACACCCUUCAACAUAGAGCUCUCCAUGAAACUAGGAUCUCCGGUACUUUGAUCCGUAUCGGUUUGCUUGCUCCCCCCAAGCCGUCGCUUGCGUAGCCUCUAGAAACACGCCUCUCGGUCCUCUCUACCUUCAUCCUAGCCGUCUAUUUUGAACUUCACAUUGAUUUGUGUCAUGCAUGAAAUCUUCUUUACCAAUAUAAAUUCACCAUUUAAUUUCAUAUGCAAGCUUUCCAAUUUGAGACAACAUAUGCAUAUCAACUCACGUCUCAUUCACUUUUCUCUGGCUUGUUUUCCUUGUACAACAAUAUUCAUCUCAUAUGACAAGUCAUCUCAACUUGAGACUAUGCAACAACAUAUUAUGUCUCAUUCUCAUAACAUUCACUUGUCAUAUGAAUCCCAACAUACGUCGAACAAGCCUUUAAUAGAUAUUUGCGCCUUCAUAUCAACCAUGAAUACCUUGCUCACAUUUUUCUUUUAUAACUUUGCUUGUCAUUUUGAGUCCCACAUAAACUAACAAGCUUCAACAAAGUAUUAGAGCCUUUCAUAUCAACAUGAAUGUCGUGCUCUUACAUUUUUCUUUCUCAUUCUAGCUUGUCAUAUUUAAUGAUUACCAAUGGGACAUACACAUUUGCUUGUAAUACAUGAGCUAUAUCAUUCCACAAAUUAAAUACCUGCUCAUAAUCUCAUGCAAACAAGUUAGUCCUUUAAUCGCGUUGUCAAUCAAUACACCAAAACCCACUAGGGGCCUAGAUGCUCUUUCAAGUGCCACCGGGCCGUGGCUGGCUGUCCUAGAGUUGGAGAGAAAUCAGAAAAUCAGGAGCUAUGAGAAGGAGGAUUGAAAAACCAGGCAACGAGGAUAAUAAAACAUUAAGAAAGGAACUUUUUUUAACCUUAGAUAUAUUUUUCCCUUAGGCAUUGAGCCUACCGAAGAUCGGCGCCGGCCGUGGUCAUGCCCUUCUGUAUUCGUCUCGUGAAAGGGAGGAAGCUUCAUGGGAGGGAGGAGGCAGGGAGCAGGGAGUAGGGGAGGAUUGCUGGCUGAUUUCAAUAUAUCUGGAGGGGCUUUUUGCAAAAUUAUUUGAGGACACCUGGCAUGCAAGGAGAUGCUGCGCGCCUGCGCAAGCGUGAAUCGCUCCCAUGCGAGCAAUCGGCAGCUGUCUUUAAGAAACCCGGAUGAGAAGAGAAGACUUGGGAUGACACAUUGACGCAAAUAUCAUUUUAGUCUUGGUGGGCCGUGCGGAGCUAUGAGAUUGUGGGCUUGCUGGGCUGAAACUACAAGCACAUGGUAGUAUUUGGUGUAAUUUUGGCUCGGCUGUAUGUAAUGAAUGACAUAUUUGGGCUAGACUGAUGUUCUGGUUUUUCGAGUAAUACGGGUACUGUGGCCUGAUACCCGAAUUACUCGUAAUAAUUUCGGAUACCGUGGGUCGAAACUCGAAUUAGUGUUCGAAUUUUUUGGGCUCGGGUGUUUCAAGUACGGAUUCGGAUUUUUCAGAUUCGGGUUUCGGGUAAUCUGCCCACCCAUACUACCAAGUAUGAUCCCUUGUAUGUAACAUGGUAUGGGUGUGCUUUCCAACACCGAGUCUAUUCCUCUAUCAUCUUCAACUUAUUAAUCUAUAAUGACAAGGUAGGAGCUACAGUGCACUAAAAUAAAAGAAAGCCUAACAUGCCAUAAAUAAACACUAGUUCUUUGGUUUCGAAAUAAAAUAUCAAUCCGAGAAAAGUGGCCACACGCGCAUCGAAAUUUUCAUUUCAGACUUGCACAUUGUCUGGAGCUGUAUAGAAUGGCAGUCUGACUGAUUGAUUAUGUUUGAAUUUACAAUUUUGUAUAGGUUUAACUAAUAAAUUAGCUUGUCCUUGUUUUCAGGCAAAUUUGAGAAUAAGUGAAGAUGGGAGUAGGGGGCAGUUCACUGCUAGGUAGAGCCAAAGUUAUACCACCCGAUGAGCUCAUAGAUACAACUGGUGCAGGAGAUACAUUCAUUGGAGCAGUUCGAUAUGGUGAGAUGGUUGCACUUUAAAAAAUUUCUAGUCUUUCUAAAUGAAACUAGUUGAAGAUGAAAGUUGCCACAACAAAUUAAACAUUGCAUUCCAUGGUUGCUUCCUUCGUUACCUUAAACAAUCAAGUGUCUGCGGUUGUGGUUGCAGAUGUUUGGAGGCUCCAAGCAGCCUUGUUCAUUGCACAGACCCGCACCUGGCGGGCUAUUGAACAGAAUUCCGAACGAUUUGUCUGCUUUGCGUGCUUGCAAGUAUUCCAAUCAGAUACAGGAAUGAUAUGUACAAUAAAAGGAAAAGAAAAGAAGCCUGCACCUGUAACUGAAAAACUAGUGCAGAUCAACAAUGUGAUGCCCACCCAGGGGUAUGCGUUGUUACAUUUGAUCGAUUAAUAGCAGGAUACAUGUACCCACCCACUUAUCUCUGUAAAACUAGUGAAGAUCAACAAUGUGAUGCCCACCUAGGGUAAUAAUCGGUUCGAUGCCUAUGAAAGCCUCUUCUUUUAUAAUUUGUGUACCCAAUUUGCUUAGUAACAGGAUGUAUGCAUUGUUACAUUUGAUUAGUAACAGGAUACACGCACGAAUCAAUGACAAACAUCCCAAUUUGCUUGCUUCAUCACGCACGCACAAAUAGAACAGAAUUGCAAAUUUCCCUGCUUCAAUUCACACACAGGAUGCUGAUGGAUACUGAAUUAAUUAUUCAGAUUCAAUCGCAGGCAUACCAACUAUUAUAGUGUAGUGCUGACAAACACAAGGAAAGCAGGCACAAUUGAUUAAUAUUACCCGAACUGAAAUCUCAUGGAAGGAAGGCAAACCGAACUGAACUAGAGUUGUUGUUGCAUGCUAGUAGAGUAGCAUUCUUACAAUCUACUUGAUCGGCGGCGGCGGCGGAGGGCCUCCCAGGAGCGUCUGCUGCUGCAGCUCGAGGUCGUUGAGCUGCUGCUCCCGAUCCAUCUCGAUGAUGAGCGGCACCACGAGCACCAGGAAGGUGGUGCCCGCGAUCCACGCCGCCUUGCCCGUGCUCCGCAGCAGCUUCUUGGCCAUGGUGGCCGCCUCGCGACCGUGCGCCGCCACCUGCGACCGGGAGAGGGCGGCCAGGAAGCCGUCCCCGCCGUCGCGCUUGCCGAGGGCCGAAGACGGCGGCAUGGAGAGGAGGAGGAGAUCUAGGGUUUCUUCUUCUGUUCUGCUUCUGCUGCUGCUGCUGCUGCUUCUAGUUAGUAAGUACUUGUAUGCUGCAGUCUGGGCCGGCUGGUUGGGGUUGGGCUUGAACUGGGCCUUGUUUCGGCCCAAAUCGUGAUGGAGCCCGUCGCUUCCUUCUCGUCUCGUCUCCAUCCACGACCUCCUCUUCCUCCCGUCGCCUCGCCUUCCCUUGUUGGUUGGGGACGGAGCCCGAGGAGAGAGAGGGAGAGAGAAAAACCCCACCCCCACCCCGCCCCGCCCUCCUCGGCUCCUCCGCCUUCUUCUUCCCAGGCGCGUUGAGGCCGGCGAGCGAAUCAUGCAUGCGCAGCUGUAGGAUACUCGGAUAGGAUCGUGGAUGGGAUUGAAUGCCUCCCCCUCCUAAUUACUCGUAAUUAGUAGAGUGCAAGCGGCAUUCCCUCCCCCUUCCUUUCCGCUUCCUGCCUCCACUCAGGUCCGCUGAGCUUCGGGCACAGGUAACUCGGUCGGAUCAACCAUCGCCCCUCUCCUCCAUCCGACAUGGGUGCCAAAGCUGACAGGGCCAGGAAGGCCUUGGACGCCAUGAAGCUGCUCGGCUUCUCCAAGAAGCAGUCCACCCCCGUGCUUAGGCGACUCCUCAAGAUCUUCAACGACAACUGGGAGCCCAUCGAGGACGAGUGCUACCGCGCCCUUGCUGAUGCCAUCCUCGAUGCCCAAGACAACAACCAAACCCCUGCCUCCCAACAGGGGACGGAAGCAGCCCAGGAGGAUUUGGAGCCUCAUGUCACAACAAGGGAUGAUCGGCACACCUAUGCUUCUGCAGGUGAAGAUGAUAAUGAAACCCCCCUGGUCAAGAGGCCCAGGAUGGGCACAUCUGAGUUCGGACACCAACUGCAGCCUGGACCAUUGCAACCCACUGGUUCCGCCCAAGGUGCGUCUGCUUCACCAGAAACCCACAGGUCUUUGAUGCUAGCGCAGCAAGCUGCUGACCAUGGAGAUCCCUCAGCUAUCGGUGAUGCUCUCAUCUUGAAAGAACCCAAACCUGAGCCACAAAUCAAUGUAGCACAAGUCAAAGCUUGUCGAGAUGCUCGAGCUACCUCCGAUGCCAUAGACUUCAACGUUGGCUCUUCAGGUGCUGGUGCAAGAGGCAGAGUAGUCAACCAAGCUCAAAGUCUUGAUAGCAGCCUACAAGCGGUCCCAAUGGGCAACAACAGGGUAGUGUCUACAGUUCAAAAUACUCAGGAUGCAUCUUCUGUGGAGGUUGAUGUGGCUUCUUCCACCAAUGGUGAGGUGAAGAUGUCAUUGAAAUGCAACUUGGAUCUUUCAAAAUUCAGCAUCAGUAUGGAGGAUGUUUUCAAAAUGGUGGAGGAGAAGUGCCUUCACUCUUACAAGGUGCUGCCUCCUGAUUUUUCUAUUGGCAAGCUGAUGAGUGAGGUGUGCCAAUCUGUUGCACAGUUGGGUACUAGGCAUGCUGAUGUUCAUAGCAACAGUGGCGGUUUGCAUAAAGAGGCUGUUGCUCCUUUUGUGCAGCCAAUUGCUUGUAAGGUUGCUGUGGGUACAAAUGAUAACGGUGCUGGAGGGUCAUCAGUGCUUGAAUCCUCAGAACCUUGUUUGCAGAAUUCUAUUGUUGCUUGGGAUCCUGAGUUAGCAAAUUGUAAGCGAAGGACAACCCAUGAUGUUACUGAUAUAUCCAAAGGGGAAGAGCGGAUAAGGAUAACCGUAGUAAAUGAAUUUGGCAGCGAGACCUGUCCUCCAUCCUUCUUUUACAUACCAAGAAAUCUUGUCUUCCAAAAUGCUUAUGUGAACAUCUCGAUUGCUCGGAUUGGCGAUGAAGACUGCUGUGCUGAUUGUUCUGGCAACUGUUUGUCAGCGUCACUUCCAUGUGCUUGUGCAAGAGCAACUGGGGGUGAUUAUGUGUAUACACCUGAGGGCCUGCUUAAGACAGCAUUCAUUGAUGAAUGGACCUCCGUUAAUCUUUUCCCAGAAAAGCACCAUAGGUUCUAUUGUAAAGCUUGCCCUCUUGAAAGAUCUAAGAAUGAAGCCUCACCAGAUCCAUGCAAAGGUCAUCUUGUUAGAAAAUUCGUUAAAGAAUGCUGGAGUAAAUGUGGAUGUGGCAUGCAGUGUGGAAAUCGUGUGAUUCAACGUGGUAUAACAUGCAGAUUGCAGGUGUUUUUUACACGUGAGGGGAAGGGCUGGGGACUACGGACCCUGGAGGAUCUCCCAAAAGGUGCCUUUGUCUGUGAAUAUGUUGGAGAGGUACUAACAAGUAGUGAAUUGUACGAAAGAGCAAUCGAAAGUGCAAGAAAUGGUAAACAUAUGCAUCAAGUGCUCCUGGAUGCUGAUUGGGGUUCAGAAGGCGUACUGAGGGAUGAAGAGGCUCUUGGAAUUGAUGGAACGUUUUAUGGGAACGUUGGGCGAUUCAUUAACCACAGAUGCUAUGAUGCAAAUUUAGUUCAGAUCCCAGUUGAAGUUGAGACACCUGAUCAUCAUUAUUACCAUCUGGCAUUUUUCACAACCAAGAAAGUGGAGGCAUUUGAGGAGUUAACAUGGGAUUAUGGCAUUGAUUUUGAUGAUGUGGAUGGCCCCUGUAAAGCAUUCCGAUGCAUGUGCGGAAGCAGAUACUGUCGUGAUCCGCGGAGUACAAGGAGGAUGGAUAGAGCAGCUGGGCGAAACUAGGGGGGAGCCUGGACUACCAACUUUGGCUUGGAGACUGUAUUAGAUGGGGACUGACUGAUGAUAUGAUUGAUAUUUUGGAUGCAAGCCUGAGGCUGAGGGGUUGAGCAACAUUAGCUACCUGUUUAUGUUUAUUGGCAUGUAGAUGUACUCCGUAGUAGUAGUGUGAAGAAAGAACCCCUCCAAUUAACUUGUGCCAUGCGUAUGCAUUUUACCUGGCAUGAUAUUCCAUGUUGGGACCAUGAUCUUCUGAGCUACUAAUAACAAGAGUAGUAACUGGAGUAUUUAUCUCUGCA